UCCAAUUCCUUGACUAGGGUUGACUUAUUACUACUUAAAUAUUGCACAAAUCUCAUCUUCACUUCACAACUUCAUCUCACACUCUUUUCCUCUUCAAAUUCUAUACAAUUUGGAUUACUUGGUCAUCAUAAUUAAGCUUCACAAAAAAUGAUGAAAGUAGUAUUGAAGGUGGAUUUAUAUGAUGAUAGAAUCAAGCAAAAAGCUAUGAAGACAGGAUCUGCCCUUUCAGGGAUUGAAUCAGUUUCUGUAGACAUGAAAGACCAAAAAUUAACCUUAAUUGGAGAAAUUGAUCCAGUGUAUGCAGUGAGCAAACUAAGGAAGUGGUGUCAUACUGAAAUAGUUUCUGCUGGACCUGCAAAAGAUGAGAAAAAGAAGGAAGAAUCUAAGCCAAAUGUGAACAAAGAUCAAAUUAAAUUACUUGAAACUUAUCCACUUUAUUAUUAUCAAAUGCAACAACCUCAAUACACUCAAUAUUCCUCUAUUGCAAGUGUGGAACAAGAUCCUGUUGGAUGUGUCAUAUGUUAAAAUAUUAAGAGAGAAUGUUGUAUUUUCUUAUUUUUUAUGGAUUUUUUCCCUUAUAUAUAUAUAUAUAUAUAUAUAUAUAUAUAUAUAUGAGUGGUUUACCAUGAAUUUAGAUUCUCUACGAUAAAAAAUCCUACAUCCAAAUUUAACUAGUAAAAUAAUGGAAACAAUUGGAAGUUCAUUGUCUCAUGUUA